AUGGCGACGUUUGUCGCCCACCCAUCAGUGCAAGUCAAAGGUUCUGAACACUCCUAUGUGCCCGUUCUGUGCCAGGACGACAAGUGUACUGGACACGAGAAAGGAGUGCACAUGCACUGCCCUCUGUGCACAGUGGGGGAGGCAUACCAGGACCCCAUCAUCCUCCGUGCCCAUUUUCGCAUCAAACACGUCGACAAAAGCAUCGACUUUGCAGGCUUAAAAGUACUUCGUUGCUGUAACCACUGUGAGAUUGUGGGCACCAUUAAAGGAGAGAAAAGGUUUAAAGGAGCUCACUGGCACUGCUACCGUUGCAGGAACGGCUUUAAUAGGAGGGACGAAGCUGUCAAGCACUACAAGACGCACUUCAGGAACCCGCACACCACUUUUCAAAUCCAGGUGACGCAGGAUGUGAACUGCAGACAGUAUUAUAGCAGCAGUGCAGAAGCCAAUGCUAAAUCGUACAGUGGCCUAGCUGUGAGUUUGGGCUCUGUAGGUGACGCCACGUCUGCGACCAACUCCAUCGUAACGCAGCCAAUCCUCGCCACCACUGGCACUGAGACUACAGCGUUACUCACUGUCGAACCCAAGGAAGACUGUGAGAGUAACGGUAUGCCAGUGGGCGCCGAGGAGGAAGUGGAAUCUUCCCUGAACGGAUCAGAGCAAGCCCAGACUUUGGUUCUGAUGGAUCCUGAUGGAAAGACGAGCAACCUGAUUUACGACGAGGCCACUGCAAUUGUUACUGAACAGAGAGGGGAUAGUUUGGAGCUUCAGAAACGUCUUCUGGAGCUCAAUGAGCAGAUAGACGCUCUAAGGCAGGAGAAAGAAAGUGUGGAGAAGUCUCUACGUGCUGAAAUUAAACAGCUCAAAGAACAGGUCGCAAGUCUGGUCCAGGCCAACGUGAAGAUGUUCGACGAGCUGCAGUUGUGCCAGUGCCAGGACCACAGCCAGCAAAGACUGGCAAAAAUGGUGGAGAGUCUGCAGGCCCAGCACAAAGAGCUGCUAGAGGCUCAGCUAGCCUCACUAAGGCAAGAAUUCCUCUCUCAGCCUAGCGCCGUUUUACUCAACGACCGCACACAGGGGCCUAACUCUAGCCAGGACCGAGCCCAGGACCAGGUGGAGGUGCAGGGGGCGAUAGUGAGUGGGAUAAGAGGACUGGAGAUCAUAAGUGUACAACUCCAGCCGGAGCACGAGGAACUCCGAGAACAGCUGGUGGAAUUCGAGACGUCACAGGAUGACGCUCUUGCAGGUGUAAAAGGCUCAAAAUCGGACCCGGCUUUACAGAGUACAGAAGUGGAGGUAAAAGAGGAAGAGGAAGUUCCUCCGGUGAAUAGGAAACGAAGCUCUGAGGAAGAUUGUGCUGGGACGAGUGAAAGCAAACUCCAACGUGUUAGCUAAUGCCUUACCGUGACUAAAUUUAGGCACCUUAUUUAUUUAUUAUUACUAAUAUAGUCUUAUUCUGUUUCAAUAUACAGACCACAUUUCCAGAAAUGUUGGGACAUUUUGUAAGAUGC